CUGACACCGCUUGUCGCACGUGUGUUUUGACUGUUUUGUUCAUAUUCAUAUUGUUUUGAAAGCAUGUGAGAGAUUUUUUAAACAAAAUGAAAAAUAAAUCAGCUCGUCAUAAAGAGUCCAAUACAUUUAAGUUUCUACCUUUUUCCGAGAGAAUUAGUAACAUUGAUGUUGACGUUUUCCACAAGGUUCAACAUGAAUAUUCCACUGAAAAUGAAGAGAAUGAAACUUUUUUUUAUCAGACUGUAAUAAAAUGGGAAGUUUUGAAUUUAAGCCAGAGUUAUGAAAAUUUUCAAAAAGACAUUCGUUCCCUUAAUUACAUAACUCUUCCUCAACUUUUAUUAAUUAAAGAUAAUAUUAUUACAAUUUUAUUAAAACAUGUUAAAGAAGCAGAUCCCUUAUCUUUACAGCCACUUUUGGAGUUGGUUGUUGCUCUUGCCAGAGACCUCCAGAAAGAAUUCCAUAGCUAUUUUACAGAAAUAUUGGAGGUUCUAAUAAGUUUGUUGAAUACAAAAAAUACGGAACAAUUAGAAUGGGUUUUUACAAGUUUGGCAUAUCUUUUCAAAUUUUUAUGGAGGUUUUUAAUAAAAGAUAUAAAUUCUGUCUUUAGUUCCCUUUUGCCAUUAUUGUCUGACAACAAACCAGAGUAUAUUAAUAAUUUUGCAGCUGAAAGCUUUGCUUUUGUAGCAAGAAAAGUAAAGGACAAAAAUGCAUUUCUAAACAUUCUUUUAAAAGCAGUUAAAAAUCAACAAGAUGGAGUCACAGGUUGCGGCAAAUUACUAUUUCAAGUUAUCUAUGGAGUUGAUGGUCAGUUUCACAGUUGUGCAGAAGCUAUGUUGCCAUUCCUUUUUGAAGCUUUAGCUCAAGAAAAUGUAUCACAAGAAACUCUUUUUGAAUUACUGGACACUGUCAUUUCAAACAUUGUAGCUCAAAUACAUCCACAAAAAGGUGAACUACUCUGGUCUACCUACAUAAAUGUUUUAAAGACUCUUUCAGACAAAUACAAAUUAAGCCAACAUGAAAGCAUUGUAAAUAAUAUUAAUAUUAUUUUGAAGUUGGUAGGCCAUACCAUUGAAUAUAAAGAAGGCAAAUUUUUACAAAAACCUACUCAAUUAAUUGAGGUUUUAAUGGAAAUUUUUAACAGCUGCAAUCAAUCUGAGGAUACUCUUCUGCUAGUCUGCCAAAUUAGUAUUCUGCUUCUCUCAUCUAAAAAUAUGAAAAUUUCACAAGAACAUACUUCUAUGAUUACCAGAAAAUUUAUGAGUAUUCCAUAUAAGAAGGUGUUUUUAUAUUUUGUAGACAAUAUAAAAAACUAUGCUUCUUUUGAUGCUUUGAUUUUGCCAAGUUUCUUAAGAUUCUGUGUAAAGCAUGAAUUAGAUAAAGAAACUUUUCAUUUAUUAACGAAAAUCUUGAUUCAUAAGUGUACACCUUCCACAAAUGGAAUAAAUUUAGUUAAAUGGGCAAAAUAUAAUUUAGAUUUUAAAGAUGCAAAUAAUUUAAUCAUGGAAAUUUUAACAACAAAAAUUAAAGAAGAAAAUGCAAAUAUACUGAAAAAUGCUGAUGAUUUUUACUGUGCUUUGAUCUGUUUACCUCAUUUGAUGCCAAAAAUAAAAGAAGAAUCAUUGACAGUGUUGGUAGAGAAAUUAAUAUUUUUUGCUAAAUGUUUAAUUGAAAAUAAAAAUUCCAGUGAUAUAAAGAAGAGUCUAUUUUUUAUAAACAUUUUAUUGGGGUGUUUAAUACAAUUAAAAAUAGAUAAAGAAACUGUUUUUAAACUUAGUCAAAAAUACAUUUUUGAUGUAAUAUUGCCUCUAACAGAUAAACCUCAAUAUAUUAGUAGCUUACAAACAUUUAGUUUGAUAAUAUCAUUUUUAAAUCAAGAAGACCGUUACCUUCCUAUAGAUUUAUUGACAAAAAUUAAUGCUAUUAUGGAGAAGAAUUUUAGCUCGCCUUUCCAUGAGGUUCGACUUUUAACAGCUCACAUUUACACAGCUUUUGAGAGUUUACCUUACUUUGACUUGAAACACAGUGAUGAUCCUGAAGCACAUACAGAGCCAUGGAAAGUGUUCUCUCUGAUUUACAAUGUAGAGUCUAUAGAAUCAAAUGUUACUACUUACCGAAAUCAAAUACAAAGUUUGGAGAAACUGAAUUAUGACAAACCUCAAAUGUUGAUGUGUAAACUUACAUUAUUCAAGACAGUUCCUCUGAGAUACCUUUGUGGUGUCUUGUACAUUAAUUUUCAGCUUAUUUGGGAACCAGUUAUUAAAAUUAUUACUUCCCAUGCUGUUGGAAUGGAUAUAAAUACUUUUUGGGGAAUAUUUGGUGAAGAAUUAAAAUGUGUUCCAGAAUAUAUUUCAUUUUCCAAAGAAUUGGUUGAUACAUUUGAUGCAUCUUGUGAUAUAUUGGAAGAUACUUUUCAGGAAGUGCAAACACUGAGAUCUAAACCUGAUUUUGUAAAUUAUAGACUUUUGCUAUGGAAAGCUUUGGUAUCGUUUGCUCAUAUUGCAGAAGCUAAGACUAGAGAUGUAUCUGAGCUACUAUUGAAAUUUGUAUCCACAGAAUAUAUUGUUGGUAAUUCUGAAAACCUUCCAACUCAAAGCAUUAAACAGAACACACUAGUAAAUAGUAAUUUGGAAACUAAUGAACAUAUUACUGAUGUAGAAAAAAAGAAUCCUGGACGUAAAAAUAACAGAGUUUUGAUCAAAACUUUAAUUCAAAAACUAAAUGUAUUUGCACAAAUCAGAAGUCCUCUAUCAAUGUACAGAGAGCCUGAAAUAUACAAGCUUUAUUUUGACUUACUUCAACAUAGGGAUUCCAAUGUACAAAAAUAUGCACUGGACUGCAUUUUUACUUACAAACACAAAUUUUUAUCACCGUAUAAAGAAAAUCUUUAUAAUUUAAUUGAUGACAAAAAUUUCAAACAUGAAGUUCGCACUUUCAAAAUAGAUAAAGAUAGCAAUAUUAUUCUUCCUGAUCAUAGGGAUGGUUUAAUACCGAUCCUAAUGCAAAUUGUGUUUGGUAAAAUGCUUGUUAAAACUGGUUUAAGAACUGGAGGAAAAUCAUCUGGACAAAUGAGAAGAAGUAUCGUAUUUAGAUUUUUGGCAGAUUGUCAAGAGAAAGAAUUGCUGAGCUUUUUACAAAAGUUGCUUAGGCCAUAUAACAAUUUUCUCCAAGAAGAUCCUACUGACAUUGUAAAUACAGUUUACAAGAACUGCAGUUUAGAAACAUUUUUGCCACUAAAAAAGUUGCUCAGCACUUUAAAUUUAUUUGCAGUUAUUCAUGAACAAUGUGGUGGCUUAAUGGGCAAUGAAAUUCUUGCCUACUUGCUGAAAAUCCUAUUUGUAAUUGGUUCUCUAUUAAAAUUCGCUUUUGAUAACAUAUCAGAAGUCCACUCAGGUUACUUAUCAAUAUUACGAAACCUAAGAGUAACGUGCAUAAAGUUAAUAGAAAAAUUCUUUGAUCAUUUUGAUAGAUAUCCAUGGACGAAACAAGAAAUUAAUGCUGUGUUUUCAGUAUUUGUUUGGCCUUAUAUACAAAAACUAAAUAUAGAAGGUAUUCAUAGUCCUACAAGUUUAUUGAAAUUGAUUGUACAGUGGGGAUCUAAUCCUAAAUAUUUUCCUCUAUUAAAUAAACACAAAGAAGGCGAAAAAAAUAUGUAUAUCCUACCACAUGUCUUAAAUUUAUUGAUAAACGAUAAAUGCCAUAUUUCUGUAAUUAAUGUUAUUGAAGAAAUGUUAGAGAAAUUAUUGAGUCUCCAGUCUGAUGAAGAAGAUUUAAAAAAUCCAAUUCCCAUAGAUAACUUAUUAGAAAUUGAUAAGGAAAUUUUGGAUAAAGUUGAUUUUGUUAAUAAUUUAAAUUAUGGUAGCAUGAUUUUACUGCCACAUGUUCCUGUAAUCCUGACCAAAAUAGAAAAAAAACUUUUAUCCAAAUUUAAAAAUUUAAAUCAAAAAGAAUUAUUUAUUUUAUCAAGAAUUUCUGAAUUAGUAUGGGAUCCUAUUCUCAGUGAUAAAAUACUAGACCUGCUAUUACCAGUGGUUAUAAAAAAAUGUAAAGGAUCUAUAUCUGAAGAAGUAAUUUUAAGAUACAUCACUACUAUUUUUAAUUUAAUUAAAAACGUAGACAGGCCUCAUGUGCAUUUAAAACAGUUGUCGCCAUUAUUUGCUGAAGUAUCUUAUCCAUCCAGUAGAAAAAUACUAUGCCAGAUUCUCGAUGUAAUUUCAAAUAAGUCAGUCGAUGAAGAAUUCAAAACAAAUGCUACACUUAUUGGGGAAUUAAAUGCAUUUGAUAAAAAAUGGAUUGAUCAGCCAGAUUUUGAACGGCGCCACGACGCUUUUAAAACAAUUCAAGAGUAUGUGCAGAAUGACAAAAUAUCUAUUUCAUUAGGAGUGCUUGUCAUUUAUAAUUGUAGUUUCUUUAUUAGUUACGAAAAUGAUUUAUCUGCAAGGGAAAAUAGUUCCCAUACUUUGAAAAAGGUCUCAUCUUAUUUAACUCAAAAGUAUGUCAAACAAAAUGACCUUAUUUUAAAUGAAACCUUAUUUAACUUAAUUCGUAAUGGGUUGAAGAACGUGAAAGAUAAUAUUAGAAAUGAAUAUAUUUCUCUGUUAGGUCAUCUGGCCAGAGAAUGUUCUCAAGCCCAUUUUAUACUAAGAGAUUUAAGUAAAUAUACUAGUAAAAUUGACCCCGAAGUUGAUUUCUUUGAAAAUUUAAUCCAUCUGCAGUUACACAGACAUGCUAGAGCUCUUUUGAAGUUUUGCCAAAUUACUAAAGAGCAAAUUGAAUCUCCGAACCCAAGAACUCUUACUCAAUUUAUUUUACCAUUGGUUACCCACUAUCUUUGCAAAGAGAAGUUUUCCAAUAAAAACAGCGUCAUCGAUGCUGCGGUUGAAAGUGUUGGUGUGGUAUGUAGGAUUUUGCCCUGGCAUCAAUAUGAAGGGAUAUUAAAAUAUUAUUUAAUGAAAUUGGGAAGCAAACUGGAAUACCAGAAACAAUUAGUUAAGGUGAUUGUGAUAAUUUUGGAUGCGUUCCAUUUUGAUUUGAAAAAUGCACAUUUGGAAAACGACAAUAACCAACAAAAGAAAGUGUUAGCAAAAAGUACCCAAAUAGAAGGAACACAAAAUAAUAUUGUUAUUGAACAAGAAAAAUAUAAUAGUUUAAAAAGUAAACCGAUGAACGAUACCGAAGAACAAGAGUCACAAGAAGAUGAGGUCGAAGAAGAGUCUGAAAUAGAUGAUUUUGUAAAUGGAGAUAAUGAAAUUGACGAGGAAGAAGUCAUGCCUACAGAGGAGAAAAUAAAAAUAAUUGAAAAAAUAUCUAUUUUAUGCAAAUCUACGGCUACAAGGGUAGUUAAAACAUUGCAGUCAGUUCUGAUUCCAAAAUUACACAAAUCUUUAGCUGAGAUGACCGAACAUGAAAAUUCACACAAAGUAAAUAGGAAAAAGUUAGCUCAUGAAAAAGAGGACGAGGAUUUACUCAGAAUACCUAUUUCAUUGGCAGUGAUUAAACUUUUACAAAAAUUGCCAGAAAAUAUUUUAGAAAGUAACCUUCCUGGGGUGUUCAUGAAAAUAUGUACAUUUUUAAAAUCACGCCUGGAAAGUGUGAGAAAAGUAGCUAGGGAGACAUUACAAAAAAUUAUGUUGACAUUAGGUCCUAAAUACCUAAGUGCCCUGCUCAGUGAAAUGUCUCCUUUGUUAGCAAGAGGAUACCAAGUUCAUGUCUUAGUAUUUACCAUUCAUGGCGUUCUUAAUUGUUUAAAAAACACGUAUCAACCAUCAGAUUUGGAUAAAAUACUUUUGACCGUUCUAAACUUUUGCACCUCUGAUAUUUUCGGAACUUUAUCAGAAGAAAAGGAGGUAGCUAAGAUUGCAGUGAAAGUAGUAGAAGCAAGACAUUCAAAAUCGUAUGACACUUUACAAAUCUUAGCCCAGUUUAUUACAGAAACCUGUUUACUUGAUUUAAUCCUUCCAAUUAAACGCGUUCUUGAAACUUCCCACUCUUUCAAAACGGCUCAUAAAGCUCAAGAAUCUUUACGAUACGUUGCAUUAGGUUUAGUAGAUAACACAUUCAUUCCAACCGAAUCUUUGCUUAAAUUCGCGUAUGGUACUUCAUCAAAAAGUAUACCACAACUUAUUCCUAAAGAAAAAAAGAAGAAAACUGAAAAGGAGAUCGAAAAGCAAAUGAGAGAAAAAGAAGACUGCUUUAUAAUUCCUAAAUUACCUGGAAGUAGAAAUGUGUACAGGUUGCAAAAUGUAAAAAAUUCAACCAAGACCAACGCUCAUUUAUUGGUGGAAUUUGGCUUAAGGCUAUGCUUGGUAUUAUUGAAGAGAGAAAAACUUAAAGAUGAUGCCUACAAACCGUUUCUUGAUCCCUUUAUAGUAGUAUUUAAGAAUUGUUUAAAAUCGAAACAUAUUAAGCUCAGUACACUUACAUUACAGUGCCUUGUAUGGGUUUUGAAAUUCGAUUUGCCAUCUUUGAGAGUUCAUAUAAAAUCAAUAACAAAAGAUAUAUUUGGAAUUUUGCACAAAUAUGCAUCAGCUGGUUUAAGUAAAGGAGAUAAUUUUGAUUUGGUGGUAGCAGCAUUCAAGGCAAUGUCAGUUCAAGUCAGAGAAGUAGAUUACUACAAAAUUGACACCAACCAAUUGAAAAUUCUACUUUUGUAUGUAGAACAAGACAUUCACAAUUAUGACAGACAAGCAACUGCUUUCAAUUUAUUAAAAGCAAUUUUAUCCAAGAAAAUCAAUGCGCCUGAAUUAAAUGAUGUUAUGGAGAAAAUAGCUGAACUUAGUGUAGUUUCCGAGCUUGACCAUGUAAGGGUUCAAUCUAGGAAUGUCUUCCACCAGUACCUUAUGGAAUACCCUCUAGGUAACAAUUUAGAAAAACAUUUGGGUUUUUACUUAUCACAGUUGAGUUACGAAUUAAAAUUUGGGAGGGAAUCGGCCAUUGAAAUGAUUUCUACAAUGAUAAAUAGUUUUCCAUUGGAAGUUUUGAAAAGUAAUAGUGGCACGUUAUUAGUAACUUUGGGUGCAAGAUUAAUAAACGACGACGAACCUGAAUGUAGGAAGAAAAUAGCAGAGUGUAUAUCCGCUAUGUUGAAAAAACUACCAAAAGCAGACAGGGAUCCAUUAUAUGAUAUUAUUGUUACAUGGCUCAAAGAUAAAAAUGCUAAUCACAGAAGACUUGCUUCACAAAUAUGUGGCAUAUUAGUUGAAGUAGAAAAAGCCUCAUUUGAAACUAGGUUACCAGAGCUUACUCCUUUGUUGCUAAAACAAUUUGGUAUAGAUAAUGCUCCAGGAAAGUUAGUGCGAAUAAAAACAAAUGAGGAGAAAAUAACCAGUGAGGAGAAACAGAGAAUAAAAGACCAUCAUUUAUUCCAGGUUUUGCAACUUCUUCUAAAACUGUGUGUACAUUGUCCAUCUAUUUUGAAGCAAAAGGAUUUAAUAGAAAAUUUGGCGGUACAUAUUCAAACAUUACUUGCUUAUCCACACGAUUGGGUCAGAUUAGGAGCUGCGCAAUUUUUAGGAUAUGUUUUGAGCACUUUAGAUAUCGACCAUCUCACAAAAUUAAUAAUAUGUGAUGAACCAGACGAUGGAUAUCUGUGUAAUGAUCCUGUUAACUCUGUUAAAUCUUUGACUUUAGAUUUGUGUGAUCAGCUUCAACCAAAAAACAUCAAAAGUGAUUUAGCAGAACAAGUAAUAAAAAAUUUGGUCUUCGUAGCUAAAGUUCUCCAAACAGUACCCGCCGCCGAUAACAAACCGAACCUUUUAUGGUUAACAAAGCGGAUGCGCAAAAUCGUUAACACUGAAAUUGUUGAAAAUGCAUCUAGUACGACAUUAAGAACUGAAGUAUUUAAAUGGAUAGCGGGUGUUUGUACAGCUUUAGAAUUAGAUAAUAUCCUUCCUAUCAUACAUCAUUUGAUAAGUCCAUUGGUACGAGAACUGACAACCACAGAAGAGAAAAAUGCACCGUUGCGACAUCUAGCUAAAGAAGUUUCUAGCUUGAUAAAGGCCAAAGUUGGAGUUGAUGUGUAUGGUAACGUAUUAUUAAAGCAGCAGCAAUCAUUAUCCAUUAAAAGAGCAGAAAGAAAAAGAUCUAGAACCCAAUUAUCCGUUACUGAUCCCGAAAGUUUUGCGAAAAGAAAAAUAAAGAGGCACGAAAAAAAGAAAGAAGCUAAAAAAAGAAAGAUUGAUUCUUUGAAGGGCACAAAGAGAAACUUUAAAAAGAGGAAAACAGUCGAUUUAGAUAAUUCUGAAAUAAUUUGAUUUUAAAAUAGGAAUAUUUUUUUAUUUAAUUCCCUGUGCCUACAUAAUCGCUGCGAUAUCAAGAUAAAAAAUGUUUUGUUGGUUGAGAAAUAUAUCAAAAUUAUAUUUGUAGCAUUGAUUUUUGUUUUUAUUGA